GUCAUAGAUGCAUAUUUGUAUCUUCUCCUUGAGAAGAGCCAGAUACCUGUAGAGAGAAUGGAUGCUGUUGUGGCAUCAUCAAUCUUUCACCGUGGGCAGUAUCGGGCUGUUCUUAAGCUAAUCUUAAGGGAGUUAUCUGUCAUUUGGAAUGAUGGCGCUACCAGAGGCUCCAUUUGCAGGUGCCCUGUAAAUGUGGGAGGUCACUGGCUCUUAGUGGUUGUCAGGUCAGACCACAGAAAUAUUGUCGUGAUAGACCCCAUGGGCCAGGAGAAAGCUUAUGAAAGAAGACUUCUCCGAAACUGGAGAAACUUUCUGAAAGCGAAAAAGGCCAGCCAGAGAAACUGGACAGUCAUCAGUCUGCCACAUUUAAAUCAGCAGGAUUCCAGCAGUUGCGGGGUCUUGAUUUUGAAGGUACAAGGAACACAGACACAAAUGUUUCUAAAUCAAUCAAAUGGUAACCUUUAA